CGAAUUCUGUGAAAAGAAUCAGAGAUGUCGCGAGCAAAGAGACCCAGGACCGAUGAUCUAGACCCAUCUCAAAACCCGUACCUUGCGCACAUGUACGAAGACCAACAGGACGGCUCCUACAGCAAUGGCAAUGGCGCGGCAUCUACUCCGUUGUCCAACUUCAAACGCCAUGAGACAACUGCACUCCAGGCUCACGCCGCCGAAGAUGGUCCUAAUAACCCCUUCAACAAUACGCCGUUGUCCAGUAGAUACUUCAACAUCUUGAAGACGAGAAGGGAUCUACCAGUUCAUAAGCAAAGACAGGAAUUCCUUGAUAUGUUUCACAGCACUCAAAUCCUAGUCUUUGUUGGUGAGACUGGUUCUGGUAAAACUACGCAAAUACCCCAAUUCGUUCUAUUCGAUGACUUGCCCCAUUUCAACGGGAAGUUAGUCGCAUGUACACAACCACGUCGAGUAGCUGCCAUGUCAGUGGCUCAGCGUGUGGCAAAUGAGAUGGAUGUCAAGCUUGGAGAGGAGGUUGGAUACAGUAUACGAUUCGAAGAUGUCACCGGUCCAAAGACGAUUCUUAAGUACAUGACAGAUGGUAUGCUGUUACGAGAGGCUAUGCAUGACCACAACUUGACCAGAUAUAGCUGCAUCAUUCUCGAUGAAGCCCACGAACGUACUCUAGCGACAGAUAUCUUGAUGGGACUACUUAAGGAGGUGGCAAUCAGACGCCCAGAUCUUAAGAUCGUCAUCAUGUCUGCCACUCUCGAUGCACAGAAAUUCCAGCGUUACUUCAACGAUGCACCACUUCUCGCCGUCCCUGGAAGAACCCACCCUGUCGAGAUCUUCUAUACGCCCGAACCAGAGCGCGACUAUGUUGAAGCUGCGCUCCGGACGGUCCUCCAGAUCCACGCCACGGAGCCCGAAGGAGACAUCUUACUGUUCUUGACUGGAGAGGAAGAGAUUGAGGAUGCAUGCAGAAAAAUAGCUUUAGAAGCCGACGAGAUGAUCCGGGAAGCCGACGCUGGACCAUUGAAAGUAUAUCCGCUUUAUGGCACACUUCCUCCAGCGCAACAACAGCGGAUCUUUGAGCCGGCACCGCCGCCAUCCAGGCCGGGAGGUCGUCCAGGCCGCAAAGUCAUCGUUGGAACUAACAUUGCCGAAACCAGUUUGACCAUUGACGGUAUCGUGUACGUGGUUGAUCCAGGUUUCAGUAAACAGAAAGUCUACAACCCCCGUAUUCGAGUCGAGUCACUGCUCGUUUCACCCAUCUCUAAGGCAUCCGCACAGCAGCGAGCUGGUCGUGCUGGUCGUACACGUCCUGGAAAGUGUUUCCGAUUGUACACCGAGGCUGCCUUCAAGAAAGAGUUGAUCGAGCAAACAUAUCCCGAGAUCCUUCGAUCGAAUCUUUCGAGCACCGUCCUGGAGCUCAAGAAGCUAGGAAUAGACGAUCUCGUUCAUUUUGACCUUAUGGACCCUCCAGCCCCCGAAACACUCAUGCGCGCAUUGGAAGAACUUAACUAUCUUGCCUGUCUCGAUGACGAUGGCAACCUUACUGCUCUUGGCAAGCUGGCAUCAGAGUUCCCGCUUGACCCCGCCCUUGCAGUUAUGCUCAUUUCCUCACCCGAGUUCUAUUGUUCGAAUGAGAUCCUUUCACUCACUGCGCUUCUUUCCGUACCUCAAAUCUUUGUCCGCCCAGCAAACGCCAAGAAGCGAGCCGACGAGAUGAAGGCUCUAUUUGCUCACCAGGAUGGCGACCAUUUGACCAUGCUUAACGUUUAUCAUGCAUUCAAAGGUGCCGCCGCGCAAAGUGAUCCGAAGAGAUGGUGCCACGAACACUUCCUCAGCCUUCGUGCUCUGCAAUCUGCAGACAAUGUGCGCCAGCAGUUGAAGCGAAUUAUGGAGAAGUCAGAACUGGAGCUGAUAAGCACGGACUUCAAUGAUAAGAACUACUACACCAACAUUCGACGCGCUCUCGUUGCAGGUUUCUUUAUGCAGGUCGCGAAGAAAGAGGGUACGGGUAAGACGUACAAGACCGUCAAGGAUGACCAAAGCGUUCUGCUUCACCCCAGUACCGUCCUCGGCGUUGAUAGCGAGUGGGUAGUGUACAACGAGUUUGUGCUUACCACGAAGAACUAUGUGAGGACUGUAACUUCUGUCAAGCCUGAAUGGUUACUGGACAUCGCACCCACCUACUACGAUCUAUCCACAUUCCCCAAAGGCGAAAUCAAGACGGCACUGCAAAGGACACUGGACAAGAUCAAACGAAGGCAAGCCAUGAAAGGCGGACGAUAGUGGACUCGGUGUCUCGUUUUCCUACACAAAACCCCAUGUUCCUGGGGAUGCAUUGUCUUGGGAGGUCAUCUUCUGGGAGGGCCUUUCUCUGGCGUUCUGUUACUUGGAAGCACAAAAAUAUUAAACCUGGCGGUGUAUAAAUCGGGCCUGUUGCAUAUCUCGGAGUGUCUGGUAAUGAGUGGUAGGCGGUUACUCGUCUGCUCCUAUUCGCAG